UGGAUUCUUGAAACCAAAAUUGGAUGGCUCAAAAAUGUCAGAAUUGCCAGAUGUGAAUCAUCUGACAUGGACUACAGAAAAGCUGGAAAUUUGAGGCUCCUUCUCUCAUUGCUUCAAAUAGCUUGCUAGCAUUAUGGAAAACUUCAAUCUCCUUUUGGUGCUGACACUGUGUUGAAGGUAAAUACUUUUAUUGUAAUUUUAACUUUUUUUUUUACAAGUUUUCUCUUAAAUUUGUCAUUUUUAACCGGUAAUUGUAUCUUGGGAAGAUGCUUGUCAUGUGAAUUUUUUCAAUCCAAUCCUCUUGCGCUUUCUACCUUACAACUCAAGAAAUAACUGAUCUUCUGAGGUUUUUUCAGUUUAUCUGUUCUUCUUCUCUGCUUUUUCUGUUGCUUGUUAUAUUGUAUUUCAUUCUUAUUGGCAUGUCUCUGUUGAUGGGAGACUCAUACUCCAGAAUCAGAAGUUACUAAGCUCUUUUCAUCUGCGAAGAGGAAGGACACACUUUAUGGUGCCCUUAGCCACUGCUUGCAGCAAUUGCCUUCUGAAGGACAAAUGCAGGCAACCGCUUCUGAGGUACAGAGUCUUCUGGUUUCUGGUAGAAAGAAAGAGGCUCUACAGUGCGCUCAAGAAGGUCGAUUGUGGGGACCUGCACUUGUUCUCGCAUCACAACUUGGUGAUCAGUUCUAUGUUGAUACUAUGAAGCAGAUGGCACUUCAUCAGCUGGUAGCAGGGUCUCCUUUACGGCCAUUAUGCCUACUAAUUGCAGUUGCAGGGCAACCAGCAGAAGUUUUUUCCUCUGGCACCACAGCUGAUACUUGA